UUCAUUAAAUAGUGAAAUUAAAUCACAGUUUUCAGCAGUAUUAGAAACAGAUCAGUGCUAAUAAUUCAUUAAAGUGUUUCUUCUUAAAAACGAUAGCAGUGUACAAUGUUUCUAUUCAAUAAUAGUGCAAAAAAAUCCCUACAUGAUGCCGUUGAAUCAAGAGAUUUAGAUUUGAUGGAAUCAUUAUUGAAAAAUGGUGCUGAUCCGAAUACUGUUAAUUGCAAGGGCCAGACAGCUCUUUAUUGUAUAUGUAAUCAAGAUAAGUUGAUGAGGAUCCACUAUAAAAUGAUUCAACUUCUUGUUCAGUAUAAAGCCGACGUUAAUAUCAAAAAUGCGUUUGGCUACAGUCCUGCGACUAACUUAUAUCGCUACGAGAGAAACUGUAAAUUACGCUUAGAAAUUUUUAAGUUACUACUAGAAAAUGGAGCCGACGUUACACAUGUUGACACCUACGGUAAUACAAUAUUACACUAUCUCCUUUGGAAGGAAAAGAAUCCAUAUAUCGAAGAAGCAGUGGAAUUGUUGUUAAAAAGUGGAGUUGAUGUAAAUAUUCAGGAUAAAUAUAGUGAUUCUCCCCUUCAUUGUGCCGUUGACUAUCAAAGUCUAGAAGUGAUUGAACUACUUUUGAAAAAUGGAGCUGAACCAAAUGCAGUUGAUAAUGAUGGCUGGACAGCUCUGAAUUGCAUUUGUACAAUAUCUAGUUUCAAAGAUGUUCAUUUUAAAAUGAUUGAACUUCUCAUCCAAUACAAGGCUGAUGUUAAUAUUCCGAAUGAGGAUGGCGUCAGUCCUAUAAUGACUUUAUACUAUACUGCGAAAAGUUACAAGUUACGCUGGGAAGUUUUUACUUUAUUAUUGGAAAAUGGAGCCGACGUUACAAAUGUCGAUCGCGAUGGUGAUACAAUACUGCACAUAAUCCUUUGUAAUGAAAAGAAUCCAAAUAUUGUAGAAGCAGUGGAAUUGUUGUUAAAAAAAGGAGUUGAUGUAAAUAUUCAUAAUGAAGAUGGUGAUUCUGCCCUUUAUUAUGCCGUUAAAUAUUACAAAAAACUAGAAGUGGUUGAGCUUCUUUUGAAAAAUGUAGCUGAACCAAAUGCAGUUAAUAACAAUGGCUGGACAGCUCUGAAUAACAUUUGUGCACAACCUUCUUUGAAAGAUGUUGAUUUAAAAAUGAUUCAACUGCUUAUCCAAUACAAAGCUGAUGUUAAUAUCCAAAAUAAGUAUGGCUUCAGUCCAAUAAUGAUUUUAUACAAUAAUGCGAAAGAUUAUAAGUUACGUUUUAAAAUAUUUCACUUAUUACUGAAAAACGGAGCCGAUGUGACACUUGUCAAUAACGAUGGUAAUACAAUACUACACUUGAUCCUUUUGAAUGCAAAUAAUCCAAAUAUUGUAGAAGUAGUGGAAUUAUUGUUAAAAAGUGGAGUUAAUGUAAAUAUUCAGAAUAAAAAUGGUAAUUCCGCACUUCAUCUGGCUGUUGGAUUUUGUGAAAGUCUUAAAGUGGUUGAACUACUUUUGAAAAAUGGAGCUGAACCAAAUGCAGUUAAUAACAAUGGCUGGACAGCUCUGAAUUUCAUUUGUACAUUAGAUCAUAUUAAAAAGGUUCACGUGAAAAUGAUUAAACUUCUCAUCCAAUACAACGCGGAUGUUAAUAUUCGAAGUAUAAAAGGCUACAGUCCUUUAAUGACUCUAUUUCAAUAUACGGGAAGUUACAAGUUACGCUUGGAAGUUUUUAGAUUAUUAUUGGAAAAUGGAGCCGACGUAACACUUGUCAACCCCAAUGGUGACACAAUAUUACAUAUUAUCCUUUCGAGUCCAAAGAAUCCGUACAUUGUAAUAGCAGUGGAAUUGUUGUUAAAAUGUGGAGUUGAUGUAAAUAUUCAGGAUGAAUAUAGUGAUUCUCCCCUUCAUUGUGCCGUUGACUAUCAAAGUCUAGAAGUGAUUGAACUACUUUUGAAAAAUGGUGCCAAUCCGAAUGAGAUUUAUGGUAAUGGCUGGACAGCUCUGAAUAUCAUUUGUGCACAACCUUCUUUGAAAGAUGUUGAUUUAAAAAUUAUUCAACUUCUUAUCCAUUACAACGCUGAUGUAAAUAUUCCAAAUGAUAAUGGCUUCAGUCCUAUAAUGAUUUUAUACAAUAAUGCGAAAGAUUAUAAGUUACGUUUUAAAAUAUUUCUCUUAUUACUGAAAAACGGAGCCGAUGUGACACUUGUCAAUAACGAUGGUAAUACAAUAUUACACUUGAUCCUUUGGAAUCGAGAGAAUCCAAAUAUUCUAGAAGCAGUGGAUUUGUUGUUAAAAAGGGGAGUUAAAGUAAAUAUUCAGAGUAAAGAUGGUUUUUCCGCACUUCAUCGGGCCGUUAUAUCUUAUGAAAGUCUCAAAGUAGUUGAACUACUUUUGAAAAAUGGCGCCGAUCCAAAUAUGAUUGAUGAAAAUGGCUGGACGGCUCUAAAUUGCAUUUGUUCAAAAUUUAGUUUGAAAGAUGUUGAUUUAAAAAUGAUUCAACUUCUGAUCCAAUACAAAGCUAAUGUUAAUAUCCAAAAUAAGUAUGGCUUCAGUCCUAUAAUGAUUUUAUACAAUAAUGCGAAAGAUUACAAGUUAUGUUUUAAAAUAUUUCACUUAUUACUGAAAAACGGAGCCGAUGUGACACUUGUCAAUAACGAUGGUGAUACAAUACUACACUUGAUCCUUUUGAAAUCAAAUAAUCCAAGUAUUGUAGAAGUAGUGAAAUUAUUGUUAAAAAGUGGAGUUGAUGUAAAUAUUCAGAAAAAAAAUGGUUAUUCCGCACUUCAUCUGGCUGUUGGAUUUUGUGAGAGUCUUAAAGUGGUUGAACUACUUUUGAAAAAUGGCGCCGACCGAAAUAUUGUUAAUAAUAAGGGCAUGACAGCUCUAAAUUUCAUUUGUACAUUAGAUCAUAUUAAAAAGGUUCACGUGAAAAUGAUUAAACUUCUCAUCCAAUACAACGCGGAUGUUAAUAUUCGAAGUAUAAAAGGCUACAGUCCUUUAAUGACUCUAUUUCAAUAUACGGAAAGUUACGAGUUACGCUUGGAAGUUUUUAGAUUAUUAUUGGAAAAUGGAGCCGACGUUACACAUGUCGACACCCAUGGUAAUACAAUAUUACACAGUCUCCUUUGGAAGGAAAAGAAUCCAUACAUUGUAAUAGCAGUGGAAUUGUUGUUAAAAUGUGGAGUUGAUGUAAAUAUUCAGAAUGAAUAUGGUGAUUCCGUACUUCAUCAGGCUGCUGGAUUUUAUAAAUAUCCAGAAGUUGUUGAACUACUUUUGAAAAAUGGCGCCAAUCCGAAUAUUGUUGAUUACACCGACAGGACAGCUCUGCAUUUAAUAACCAGUAAUCCAUUCUUGAAAAUGGUCGACUUGAAAAUGAUUCAACUUCUUGUCCAAUACAACGCCGACGUAAAUAUCGAAGAUAUUUUCGGUGCCAGUCCGAUACAAUACUUAAUUGCGCCGAAUGAUUGUUUGGUUAGCGAAUUAAGAUUACGUCUGAAAGCUAUUCGAUUGCUACUGAAAAACAGUGGCGUUUGCAAACAUGUAAAAGUAUUUGGCAGAUUUAUUUUGCGCAAUAUUAAUAUUAUUAUCAUGCCAACGAUCAGGAGGCAUUGGCAAACGUAUGGGAAUACGUGUAUCAGUAUAUCAAAAUACUUUUAAAACAUGAAUUGGAUGUCAAUGUCAAAGAUCGAGAUGGAUGGACACACUGCAAUUACCGCAUAGCCAAAUUUCUUGUGGAACAUGGGGCUGUUGUUAAUACUAUCAGAUUCAAACUUUGCAGGACAAAGUUGAAGACACUUGUUUGAGAGAAGCUAAUAACUGAUGAACGAUAUAAAGAAAAUAGAGACAAUAGACAUAGACAUAGAGACAAUGUCCAUAUAAUGGACAUAGAGAGAUUUCAAUUCUGGAACUUUUCACUUCUGGUCCAAAUGAAACUUGCAACUUAUUGAUAAAAUGUGAUUAUGAAUCAACAAAAUACUUAAAUAAUAUUGAGUCAAUUUGUUUCAUACAAGACUUUGACGUUUUUGGAAAAAUAGGAUGAAUAAUAGAAGGAUACAUCAACGAAGCUUUAGUAAGGAGACUGAACACAAGUGACUUCUAACCCGAUUAAACUUUUAACUCAUGAUAUUUUACCCGAUUUAUGUUGUGAUCAAAUCAUCCAUUUUUUAGACACUGUAAAUUUAGUACCUGUUUUUGAAGCAGUUAUAAAUCAUAGAUCUUAGUCCGAUUGACAUAUUUAUCAUAAUUUUAUAUUUAAGAUAGUUGUUAUUAACAAGUAAAAAAAAAAAUUAAUUAUUUAACAUUAUCGUGUAAAGUGGGUAAUGCAUA